AUGUUGUCAUGUGUUCCGACAAAAGACGUUGUGGCCACAAGUCUUUUGUCCAAAAGAUGGAGGUCUUUGCUAUCAAAUAAGGCACCCGUUCUAGAUUAUUUGCAUCUGUAUCUCGGCGGCGAGUGCCCCAUUGUUGAUAUUGGACUAUGGAUUGAAAUUGCGGUUACUCGCCAUGUCCGUGAGCUGGAAAUCUCUAUCCCUACUUCCAAGGAAGGAAGGUCUGUUGGUUUGCCGAGUAGCGUAUAUACCUCCGAAACGCUUGAGAGCUUAACACUCAGCAAUUGCGUUCUUUUGGAUGUUCCUGUUAAUGUUUGUCUCCCGUCUCUCAAAAGUCUGAGCCUUGAGCUUGUGGAUUACAUAGACAACGCAUCUCUACCACAUCUUCUAUCGGGUUGUCCAAAUCUUGAAGUUUUGUUUCUGCAACGAUAUGAUGGAGAGGCAACUACGAGCUCCACUGUUGUGGUGCCUUCCUUACAAAGAUUAACUAUUUGGGACACAAGUUCUGCGACAUGUGGUCGGUUUGUGAUAGAUGUCCCCUUCUUUGAAGUACCUUAA